AUGAAAGCUGGGAAAGUGCCUGGCCCUGAUGGAGUACCCAACGUAGUGCUGAAAGCGGCAUUAGAGGCAUCUCCAGACAUGUUUAGAACGGACCUACAAAAAUGUCUUGAGGAAGACUACUUCCCGGAUCCAUGGAAGAUACAGAAGUUAGUACUCAUACCGAAACCAGGAAAGUCCUCGGGAAAUCGAGCAGCUUACAGACCCAUCUGUUUGCUGGACACACUCGAUAAACUCCUGGAGAGGAUUAUUCUCAACCGGCUUACAAAAUACACGGAGAAUAAACACGGCCGUCAGAAAGAUAUCACCAGUUGUGGCAUCCAGCAGAACCAUCCGAUCGAUGGCCAUAAAUCACUGUGGCUCGAGACCAGUACGUCCCAGCUGAGUGCGUACGUGGCCGCAGCUUCGACCUCCGGAGCAGGUGCCGGUCAUCGGCACCAGCAGCUCCAGCAGCAGAUACCAACCGGGGUAGCCGUGCCCCAGUCGACCGGCGUUGGAGCUGGAGCUUCGGGAAAAUGGGAUGAACCUUACUUUGACGAUACUACACCGCGAAACGUGACCGCUUUGGUCGGAAAAUCGGCGUACCUCAGCUGCCGGGUGAAGAAUUUGGGUAAUAAAACGGUGUCCUGGAUACGGCAUCGUGACAUCCAUAUUUUAACGGUCGGCAGCUACACGUACACCUCGGAUCAGCGCUUUCAGGCGACACAUCACAAAAACACCGACGACUGGACACUGCAGGUCAAGUGGGCCCAGAAGCGAGACGCCGGAAUAUACGAGUGCCAGAUUUCGACGCAACCGGUGCGCAGCUAUUUUGUCACGCUAAGCGUUGUCGUCCCAACGGCAACCAUUAUUGGCGGACCGGAUCUGCACGUCGACAAGGGCAGCACCAUCAAUCUGACCUGUGCUGUCAAAUACAGCCCGGAACCGCCGGCGUACAUAUUCUGGUACCACCACGAUGAGGUUAUCAGCUACGAUUCGAGCCGCGGUGGCGUGUCCGUUAUUACGGAGAAGGGCGACGUGACCACAUCCCACCUGCUGAUCCAGAAUGCCGACCUGGACGACUCGGGCAAGUACAGCUGCUCCCCGUCCAACGCGGAUGUCGCCAGCGUUCGCGUUCACGUACUGAACGUUCGGGCGGUUCUUUCAGGUGAACAUCCGGAGGCCAUGCAAACCGGAUCCGCUUUAAGUCCAGUCAGAAACGGAGGCCCACCAUGUCUGCUGGUGCUUGCACUGGCAACCCUGCUAACCAGCUGGAUGCUUCUGAUUCGAUGGCACAUAAAUGGUGUUCGUUUGGCCUUUCCACACGGUCGGCAAAGGCAACGGAAGUCCACUGCUGAUGAAGCUGCAAUAACAGCUGAGGCUGAAACGACCGAGUUGUUACCCUCCAGCAGCCAAUUGUUGCCGCAACUAGGCAGUUCAGCACUUCGACAUCGAAAAAAACAGUUCUCAGUGCAUCGAUUUCCUCGGAUGAUGAUGAUGAUGGCUAGUGGUAAGAUAGCUUUCGAUAGCACCUGUCCUGGAGAUCGUCUAGGUAGUGGGAGAUGA